GCUGAGAUGGUGAUUGGAAGCGAUAGAGGAAGGAUUUAGGCUGAGCAUUAACGAGAGAGAGAGAGAGAGAGAGAGAGAGAGAGAGAGAGAGAGAGGAAGAGGUCUCUCCUUCUUUCCGUCCUCCAGCAUCCCGUCUGAAACGGCGCUCGCUAGGAAGACCAGCAGGACGAGGAAGAGGAGGGGGAGAGGAAGCGUCAGGACGAGGACGACGGGGGUGGGCGCCAAAGUGCACCUUUUUGCUACUUUUCACACCCGAGGACUUGUCUACCCGGACCCCUGCGGGUAGACUCUUGAGUGAGGACAAGAACGACGAGAAAGUGUCCGGCGGGACGUGGAGGAAGAGGAGGAGGAUGACGGGCGGCGAGGACGAGAGCGGACGGACCGGGGACGGGGGUCUUUGAAGGGAGGCGUGGGGCCGGGGGGGAGUUGUGUACACUCCGGCGAAGAAAAGUGCUGAGCUGUCCCAGGGAUGCGCUCUUCGAGUAAGUGACGUCCACGCCAUCAUUUCCACAUCCACACUUGCUUUCAUUCUCACAAAAUGAAGAAGUGUUGACUUUUUUUUUUGAUUGCGCACUUUGCCGUGCAUUACGGUACCUGUCUCCAGCUGUGUGGACGGACCCCGUUUCCUAACUUUAUUCCAGAGGAUGAAGAUGUUCAAACUUGUCUUGUGUCCCACCAGGACGGACAGGCAGUGAGUCCUUGGGACCUUUGAGGCGCCCCAAGAGCAACACUAUGAUUCAGACACACACCCGCGCCUGUCCCGGUCGAGUUCUGUGCCCGCUUUUGCCCAUUAGCCUCAGGAAGACCUCCAUCCAGACUAGAAGAGGAGCGACGUGUCCCUCCGUCGGCGGACCCCUAAGAAGCAUUCGUCCGUAGGAAUCCCCGCUUCAUGCCCGUCGCCCCCCCGCUGAGCUCCGUGGCCCCCUCGCCCCGCGCCGGACAGGCGCCCCCAGCCCGCCUGCCAUGCUCCUUCAGGCCGCCCUGCUGCUGGUGCACUGCUUGGCCUCCAGCCUGGGCCAGUACGAACUGUGCAAGUCCCUGGUGAGCACGGAUGACGGCUCCGUGUGGGAGCACUACGCCUGCCAGCCCAAAGCGGCGGCCAUGAAAGACCAUAUGAGGAUCAAGGUGGACCCGCCCGGGAUCACGUGCGGGAACCCGCCCGAGAGGUUCUGCACCCUGGAGAACCCGUAUCUGUGCAGUGAUGAGUGUGAUGCCUCAAACCCAGACUUGGCACACCCUCCUCAGCUGAUGCAGGACCGCGAACGCAACGGUCUGAUAACCUACUGGCAGACGGUCACAUGGCGUCGCCACCCGGAGCCCUUGCUGGCCAACAUCUCCAUGUCGUGGAACAAGAGCUUGGAGCUCAGCGAUGACAUCCAGGUCACCUUCGAGUAUGGCCGGCCCACCAUCAUGGUCCUGGAUAAAUCCAUGGACCACGGGCGCUCUUGGCAGCCCUACCAGUACUUCGCCGACGACUGCCUUGACACCUUCAACAUGCCGCCGAAGCGAGUGCGGGACCUCUCGCCCGCCAACGUCACCCGGGUCAUCUGCACCGAGCAAUACUCGCGCUGGGUCGGCUCCAAGAACGAAAAGAACGUCAAGUUCGAGGUGCGGGCGCGCUUCGCCGUGUUCGCUGGCCCUCGGUUGCAGAACAUGGACAGUCUGUACACGCGCAUGGAGAGUAUGAAGGGACUGAAGGACUUCUUCACCUUCACCAACCUCAGACUCAGGCUUUUCAGGCCCGCCCUGGGGGGCACGUACGUACAGAGGGACAACCUGCUGAAGUACUUCUACGCCAUCUCCAACAUCGAGGUACCUGCCAGGUGCAAGUGUAACCUCCAUGCCUCCCAGUGCCUGCUGCAGGAUGGCAACCUCCAGUGCCAGUGUGAACACAACACCACCGGGCAGGACUGCCAGCGCUGCAAGAAGGGCUUCAAGGCCAAGUCCUGGAAGGCCGGCUCCUACCUACCUACACCCAAUGGAACUCCCAACACCUGUUCCAUUGCUGGUUCGCCCUCCGGUUCCAACACAGCAUUCGUGUCCCGUAUGCAAGAGGAGUCUUACGGCCACCGAGGUACUUUCUCAUUCGAGCAUGAGGAUGACCAAGAAGUUUCCCACAGUCAAGAAGGACACAUACAUGACACUCAUGGCCACAAACACUCAUUUUCAUCUGCGCAUGAGAGGGAAACGAGAGUUUCCCAAAAGUCAGAGGGAAACACGAAUGACACUCCUGGCCACAAAGGUGCUUUCUCACCUGAACACGAUAAUGACAGAAAAGGAGGAAAACUUUUUUCGCUCUUGGAUGCCGUAACUUCCCACAAGCCUAAUGGCCACAGUUUUUUCUCAUCCGUGCAUGAUAACGACGGAGAAGUUCCUCGUGAGUCUUAUAAAGAUGCACAAGAGGUUCACGGCCGCAAAGUUACUUUCUCAUCCAAGCAUGGGGAUGAUGGAGAGGAUGAAGAAGACAGCCAAAUGAGAGCUUCCCACAAACAUGAGACUCAUGGCCACAAUUCUUUCACAUCUAAGCGUGAGAACGACAGAGAAGUUUCCCACAAAUCUGAAGGACGUGCAAAUGAGACUCAUGGCCACAGGGAGAAUUUCUCAUCUGAGGAUAAAAUAGACCAAGAAGCUUCCCACAAGUCUGAGGGACAGGCACAUGAGACUCGUAGCCACAAGGAGAAUUUCUCAUCUGAGCAUGAAACUGACAGAGAAGCUUUCCACAAAUCCGUGGGGCAAGCACGCGAAACUAAUGGUCACACUACUUCCUCAUUUGGGCAUGAGGACAACAAAGAAGCUUCACACAAAACCGCAGGUCAUGCGCGUGGGACUCCUGGUCAUGAAGAUACUCUCUCAACUGAACAUGAGAAUGACAGAGAAGCUUCCCACAAGCAUGCUGGACAUGUGCAUAGGUCUCAUGGCUACACUACUUUCUCAUUCGAGCAUGAGGAUGACAGAGAAGAUUCCCGCAAAUUUGAGGAAACCGCGCAUGAGACUCAUGACAAAGGUACUUCCUCAUCUGGGAAUGAGGAUGACAGAAAAGCUUCCCACAAGUAUGAGGGACACAUGCAUGGGACUCAUGGCCACAGUACUUUCUCAUUUGAGCAUGACGAUGACGCAGAAGCUCCCCACAAAUCUGAGGGACAUGCACGUGGGAGUCAUGGCCAUGAAGGUAGUUUAUCAUCUGAGCAUGAGAAUGACACGGAAGUUUCACAUAAUCCUGAGGAAGAUGUGCAUGAGAUUCAUGGCCGUAAAGGUACUUUCUCAUCGGAGCAUGAAGAUGACAGAGAAGGUCCCCACAAAUCUGAGGGACAUGCACGCGGGAAUCAUGGCAUUGUAGGUAGUUUAUCAUCUGAGCAUGAGAAUGACAGGGAAGGUAGGCGUAAAAGUAGUCAAAAGAUUUCACAUAAUCCUGAGGAAGAUGUGCAUGAGAUUCAUGGCCGUAAAGGUACUUUCUCAUCGGAGCAUGAAGAUGACAGGGAAGUUCCCCACAAAUCUGAGGGGCAUGCACGCGGGAAUCAUGGCCAUGAAGGUAGUUUAUCAUCUGAGCAUGAGAAUGACAGGGAAGGUAGGCGUAAAAGUAGUCAAAUGAUUUCACAUAAUCCUGAGGAAGAUGUGCAUGAGAUUCAUGGCCACAAAGGUACUUUCUCAUCGGAGCAUGAAGAUGACAGGGAAGCCACACACAAGUAUGAGGGACACAUGCAUGGGACUCAUGGACACAGUACUUUCUCAUUUGAGCAUGAAGAUGGCAGAGAAGCAACCCACAAGUCUGAGGGGGAUGCGAAUGAGACCCAUGGGGACAAAGGUACUUUCUCAUCUGAGCAUGAGAAUGACAGGGAAGUUUCACACAAUUCUGAGAGACAUGAGCUCGAGACUCACGGCCACCAAGGUAUUUUCUCAACUGAACAAGAAGGCGGCAAAAAAGUCCAACACAACUCUGGGGACCAAGGCCAUGAAACAACCCCACCACAUGACAGCAAUGAAAGACAAGUUUCUCACAAGCACAUGCAUGAAACCCACAACAGUCACACAAACGAGCACGAGGAGGAGGGAAACCACGGCAAAGUCGAUUCCGAGUCUGCGGACCAUCAUGGCCAAAGAACGUCAACUUCAUCCGAGCAGGAGGAAGAAAGAAAAAGUGGACAUAAGAAAAGCACAGGGCUCCUCAAACUUUUGAUGUCAGGACAGCCCGGGGCCAGACAUUUGUUUGGAAUCAUAUAUGAUGAUUUCAAAGACUGUGAAUGCUACGGACACUCCAACCGCUGCAGCUACAUCGACUACCUGAACAUUGUCACAUGCGUCAGCUGCAAGCACAACACCAGGGGCCAGAACUGCCAACACUGCAGACUGGGAUACUUCCGCAACGCCUCUGCUGAGCUGGACGACGAGAGCGUCUGCAUUGAGUGCAACUGCAACCAGAUGGGUUCCGUCCACGACCGAUGCAACGGCACGGGCUUCUGCCAGUGCAAAGACGGCGCCAGCGGGGCCAAGUGUGAGGACUGUCUGCCGGGAUACCACUGGAAGCAAGGCUGUUACCCCAACGUCUGUGACGAUGAGUUGCUCCGCUGCCAGAACGGAGGGACCUGCUCCCAGAACCAGAAGUGCAUUUGCCCCCCCGAGUUCAAGGGGGUGCUGUGCCAACAGUCGCGCUGCGAGGCGGGCAAGGACUGCAACGGCGCCCCGGCGUGGCGCUCCUCGGCGCUCGCCCCGCUGCUUUGCGCCCUGCUAGCCACGCUAACGCCCCACUGAGCCACGCCCGCCCCCACACUCACAGCCCGAGGUGUGUGUAUACGUGUGUCGGGACGACCAAGGGGCGGAAGAGGCGCCAUCCCGGUCACGGACGGACCCGAGCCACUUGCACGGCAGCACUCAAUAAAGCUCACAGGCACUCACAACACUGAGCCCUGGCCCACACACGCACACACACACACACACGCGCUAACUCACAGGACUGACCCAGUGUGUGAUCAGGUGCCAGAUGGACGGAAAAGAAACAAGGCACAAGAGAGAUGCAGGCUAAACUAUCUAUAUAUAUAUACAUAUAGUAUAAAUAUAUUAUCUAAUCAUACCAACCACUGUUCCCUUUAUUCCAGAGCAGGAGCAACAUGCAUCGAACCAAAAAGCAGCGACACACACACAUCCCUACUCUGGCUUCACACACACCAGGACGGCUUUUCUUUUCUCGCACCCCUCGUGAAGGCCGGAAGGACGAGCCCCGAGGAGGCCUGCGCACGACAUGAGAAUAACAACAACAACCAGGUUACAUUUCUUCUCCACCAAGACUUGGUUCUACUCGAUUUCUGCUGCGUUUUUUUUUUUGUUUGUUUUUGGUUCAAAUGAUAUCUUCAGUCAAUGUAUGGAAUGUGGCCACUUCCAGUCGCUGAUAUUAAACAUGUUAUGUAAUA